UGUGCGUCGGGAGCGUGCGUCGUGUUGCGGAGGGACGCGUGUGGAUGUGGAGGAGAUAAUAACCAGCCUACAGUUUAACCAGAGAAAAAAAACACGAAAAUGGGAAACGGAGACUCCAAAUUACUCUUCAGGAAAGCGGUGAUCCAACUUACCACCAAAACACAGCCCGUGGAGGCCUCCGAUGACGCGUUUUGGGAUCAGUUUUGGUGCGAGACUCACACGACGAUUCACGACAUGUUCACUCUGGUCCCAGCCGCAGAGAUCAGAGCCGUGAGAGAAGAAUCACCGUCCAAUCUGGCAACCCUCUGCUAUAAGGCGGUGGAGAAGAUGGUGCAGGGUGCAUCUUGUGGUGUCCCUUCGGAAAGAGAGAGACAGAUCGUUUUGAACUGCACUCGUUUACUGACCCGGAUCCUGCCCUACAUCUUUGAGGAUCCAGACUGGAGGGGGUUUUUCUGGUCCACAGUCCCAGGAACAGGACGGCAUUUGGAUGAAGAGGGAGAAGAUGAGGACCAGUGUCGCCCCCUGGCUGAGUCUCUGCUCCUCUCCAUCGCAGAUCUGCUCUUCUGUCCAGACUUCACUGUCCACAGCCACAACAAGAGAGGACCUGAUUCUAUGGAGGAUAUUCAGUCCAUUGACAGCUGUGAGUUCAUUUGGGAGGCAGGAGUUGGCUUUGCACAGUCUCCUCCAAUGAACCACAUCCACGACCAAAACAGGGCGGAGUUGUUGAAGUUGCUGCUGACUUGUUUCUCAGAGACCAUGUACGUCUCUGCGUCAUCAGAAAAGAAAAGCUCAAAUCCAUGGGUGAAUUUCUUUGUCUCCUCAGAAAACAGACACGCCCUGCCCCUCUUCACCUCCCUGUUGAACGUGGUGUGCGCCUAUGACCCUGUGGGGCUGGGGCUGCCCUAUAACCACCUGCUGUUUUCUGACCCGAGGGGGGCGCUGGUGGAGCAGGCCAUCCAGGUGCUCAUGGUGACUCUGGAGCACGACGGACGAACAGCUGCAAGUUCAGCUCUGCAGGCUCUGGACACAACCACAGCCAACGCCACCGAGCAAACAGAGCUUUCAGGACCCGAGAACCUCUUUGUGAACUACCUCUCCAGGAUCCACAGAGAAGAGGACCUCAGUUUUAUCCUUAAAGGCUUGUCCAGUCUCUUGAACAACCCUCUGCUCCAAACUUAUCUCCCAAACUCAACCAAAAAGAUCGAGUUUCACCAAGAGCUGCUCGUGCUCUUCUGGAAGCUCUGUGACAUCAACAGGAAAUUCCUGUUUUUUGUUCUUAAAAGCAGCGACGUUUUGGAGAUCCUGGUCCCGAUACUUUUCUACCUAAACGAAUCCAGAACAGAUCAUUCUAAACUGGGUCUGCUCCAUAUCGGUGUGUUUAUUCUGCUGCUGCUCAGUGGAGAGAGAAACUUCGGGGUCCGUCUGAACAAACCAUACACCCUCAGAGUCCCCAUGGAUAUUCCCAUCUUCACCGGGACACACGCCGACCUGCUCAUAGUGAUCUUCCACAAAAUCAUGACGUGUGGACACCAGCGCCUGCAGCCACUCUUCGACUGUUUACUCACCAUCAUUGUCAACAUCUCUCCAUAUCUGAAGAGCCUGUCCAUGGUGGCUGCAUCCAAACUUCUGCACCUGCUGGAGGCCUUCUCCACGCCCUGGUUCCUCUUCUCGUCACCACAAAACAACAACCUGGUGUUCUUCCUCCUGGAGAUCUGCAACAACAUCAUACAAUACCAGUUUGAUGGCAAUAGUAAACUCGUCUACUCCAUCAUUCGUAAGAGAAAUGUUUUUCACCAACUGGCCAACCUCCCGUGUGACGCUGUGUCGAUCCAAAACGCUCUACAGAAGAGGAAGAAGAAGGAGCGCCCAGGACUCAGCCGGACCGUCUCCAUGGAAACACAGAGUUCAGAGGUCAACAAACAGGAAGUCCCACCUGAGCAGGGUGGUGCGUACAAGGCCAGUCUGGAGGCCAUGCCAGGUAUAGAUAAGAUAACAGAGAAGUCUCUGGUGGGCGCAGAUGGGACCCUGGUCUCCGUCCCACAGACGAGAGCCCAAGGAGGAAGUGCAGCCAGCGACACAGAGUCCAACUCCGAGAGAGACACAGAGGUGGUAUCAGAGGCUUCACGGAGUCGUCUCUCAAGUGUCUCUUCAUCUGUCGCCUGGACCCCCACAUCAGAGUGGGCUUUGUCAUGGAAGUCCAAGCUCCCUCUGCAGACCAUUAUGAGACUACUUCAAGUCCUGGUCCCUCAGGUUGAAAAAAUCUGUAUUGACAAGGGUCUGACAGAUGAGACGGAGAUCCUUCAGUUCCUGCAGCACGGGACUCUGGUGGGUCUGCUCCCGGUGCCUCAUCCCAUUCUGAUCCGGAAGUACCAGGCCAACGCCGGGACCACCACCUGGUUCCACACGUACAUGUGGGGAGUCGUGUAUCUACGAAACAUGGACCCUCCCAUUUGGUACGACACGGACAUCCGACUGUUUGAAAUUCAACGGAUCUGAAAACCACCGACAAAAACAUCACCCACUGCUUUGCCUUUUCUUUAUGAGACCAAAGACUCAUGUUUAACCCCAACACAACUUGACCUACAUUAUAUAAGUGUUUCUAUAGCAACUAAAGUCAAAACAUGUCCUGCUUAUCUGUUACUGUUAUAGGUGUGUUUUAAUUUUAUUUAUUACGUUAUUAUUUAUUUAAAUGGGACACACGUUGGGAGCUAAACUCAGAAUGUGCAACUUUCGGUAACAAUAGUUUGAGAUGCUGCUGUUAAGAAAAUAUACAGUUUAUUUGGGCUGAACGAUUCAGGACAAAUGUCUAAUUGUAAUAGAUUUAAGAUUUAUGUUUUAAUAAUAGGAUUCAGGUCAAAGUUCACACAACAAACAUGUCCAAAAAUACAGAAUUUUACUGACAAACGAACACAAGAAUCACAAUUUAAAACAUGUUUGUACACAUUUACACUACAAGGUUCGCAGUUUUUAUGCAGAAUGAGGCAGAUAUUUACUUAAAGAAUUACAGUGAUUUUCUAAUUGCGUCCAUUCAAACUGCAAUCUCUAUUUGACCACAGCCCUCGAAUAUAUGAUGUAAAACUUUCUUUAUAUAGAUUCACACUUCUUGUAAAUACGUAGAAUAAGAAAACAUGUUUACAAAAGUGCCUGGAUAUCAGUUUUUGAUUUUUGUAAUUUUGAAUCUGUAAAUGAUCUUUUCCACCAAAGAUACUUGUACAAGAAAACAUUUAUUGAUGUAUAGAAAACAUUUUGGUCACAACACCUUUAAAUAAACAAA